AUGGAAACGAGUCAGCAGCCGCCGGCGGGUGGAGAUACCAGCAACGCUACCCCAGGGCUUGUGGGUGUUUCAUGCUUGUUGGCAAUUGUAAUAAUUGUUUAUGGAGUGCGCAUGUACACUCGGAUUCGACCUGUGUUCAAGCUGGGUGCCCCCGAUUACUUAGUCUCAGCGGCUCUCGUAACUAUAUCUCUUGGUUUCGGACGUCCUGAGUACUAUCUGGUACCAGGUACUAUGGUUCAGAUUCGCAAACAUUUAUAUGCGUUGGGGUUUUUGGGAUUUUGGGCAUCUUCUCUCGCGAGGAUGUCUAUAGGGUUCAUGCUGCUUCGGUUUGAAGCAUCCAAGACCUGGAGAGUGGUGCUCAAGAUCUUGAUCUUCACCCAGCUGUGCCUACCAAUUUCGUUGGACGUCAUUGCUCUUAUCCAAUGCCGCCCAAUCCGGGCCAUGUGGGAAUACGUGCCUGACGCGGUUUGCUGGUCCCUCCCAAGGACGCAAUCCUACACCUACAUUUAUUCAGCGAUUGGCAUGUUGAGCGACAUUGUGUUCGCUGCUAUACCUAUAUAUUUUGUCUGGUCGUUGCACCGGCCUGUUCUGGAGCGGAUACUUAUCAGCACCCUCAUGGCACUCGGAUUGCUUGCGGCUACGGCCGAAGCAUGUAUAAUAUACCAUGCAUACCUUUGGAACCCUCGAGAAAGCACUAUUCGUGAUUGGAUGCCACUGUUUUGGUGGUACAGAGUCGAAGAGAUAGGCCUCAUUUUUGCAGCUUGUACACCGUUCCUCAAGCCGCUUGUCGAGCGCGUGCUUGGUCGUUUCGGCACGUCGCGGUUCCGUUUUGUGACCAUGGAAUUAGACUCAAUUCAGUCUAGUCAAGUAACGAAACAGGAGGUCGUUGUAAUGACAGGUUCUUGA